AUGUACAUGCACAAAAUAGAAGCAGUACUACCAUCACUGAAACUUUUAAUAUCAGACUCCAAGAUCCAAGCUCUUGUCAAGUUUGCCAAGAAUGUUCCACUUCCAGAGGUCCAACCAAGCACCAAUGACAUUCCAUACAGGAAACCAAUGCCAUCCAUUGACGUCAAAGCAGUGAAGUCUGAGAUGUCCACAGCUGCCUUGCGCCGUACCAAGAGACUCAUGCUAUGGAGUAGGAAAACCAGGAUUGCUGGUACAACUCUACCUACUAGGAAGGUCACCAAUGUAGAAGAACUAGAUAGCGCCCCUGCCAAACCACCUUCCCCUCCUGUAGCACCACUCAAAGGUGAUGUAUAUUACACAGCAUCGGAUCACUCCGAUGAGGAUAUCCAACACUGGGCAGCCUCCUCCCAGGUUCCAAGAUUUGAUGACAAUGAUUCCACUACCAACCAGACUCACACACUUCUUAGAUUCGUUAUCAGAGAGGUGGUGGUGUCCAUUUCUAAGCCAAGCACCAGCAUACUACCCUCACCAGCUAGCAGCGGAGAUAGGAGCACCAGUCCAGCUCCUCCCUCCCCCACCGAGACUGGAGAGUCCGAGUACCUUAGCCUUAGGAUAGACUCUGUGUGUGUGGACGUAGCCCUGAGUACCUACGGCCUGGCUCUACAUAUGGGACUGAGGGGCAUCCAAGUCAUUGAUAAGUUUCAUAUAGGUCCAGAUGGCACGUAUCUUCAUUUGCUCAGCUCAGCAGCAACUUCAGAGUUAUUUUCUGUCCUCUACAGAAAGGUUGAUUCAAAGUGUCCUGAUUUCAAUGGCUACUAUGGCUCUACAGAGCAAGCUGUGGUCGUCAACUUCAGUGCUCUCAAUAUCCUGUUCCACAGAACAGCUGUGCUCUUCCUGAAGAAAUCCAUCACAGAGAUGAUAACAAGUUUGAGUUCUAUCUCUCUAACUGAGAAAGUUGGGUCACCAUUGACAUCAGACCCUGAACCUACCCCACCAAGUACAGAAGCAGAGCAAGAGACAGAUCAUUCAGCCAAACCACAGGCGCCCAAGGCUCCUGUGAGAGGCAUCAUCAGGUUCCACGGUGAGGCCACCAUGGAGUAUCUAUGCAUCACGCUGACUGACGUCUAUGAGUCUCUGGCCAAUGUCUAUAUCAGGGGAUUGCAGUUCUCUCUCAUAGACAAGGAUACAAGGAUGACUGUCAAAGCAAGAUUGAAAGAUUUCUCCUUUGAGGAUGCAGUUGUAAAUACGCCUUAUCCCAAGAUCAUAUGUCUACAGGACCAGACUGCUGUUGAUAUUAGGUUUGUCCAGUUCAAACAACCCACCCGUCAGCCCAUCCCCACCAUCAUCCCACCAGACCCUGGGGCCUCUACGGGACCCACCCACGUCCAGCUAGACUACAGCCUCAAGGUCAGGCUAGGGAGUAUACAGGUUGUGCUACUUGGACCUUACAUCAAGGAACUACUGUCUUUCUUUGAACCAUUCAUCAACCAAGGUGCUAUUGAUACAGCAAAAGAGGCAUCUAGCAAAGCAGUUCAGACAGUGGAUGAGAUGCAGCAGACCGGGGUAAAAGUAGGACUAGACAUCAAGAUCCGUUCCCCCAUCAUCCUGGCGCCCGAGAAGCCCAACUCCGCCCAUGCCUUGGUGGCCAACCUUGGCAACUUGUCAAUCAUCAGUUCGUUUGAUACGGAGGGCGGGAUCGAGUCGCCGGAUGGGCGGGCCAAGGUGACAGCCCCCCUGAUGAUGUAUAUUACUACGAGACUCACAUCUGUGCAGAUAUCAAGAGCUGUAAUCCAUGCCAAUCAGACUAUUGGUUCCUAUCGACUUAUUGUGGAACCUGUGGAACUCCGUGUUGACCUCAGCCGACCUGUUGACCCCGACGUGGCUGCCGUGACCCCACUGAGAGUCACUGCAAACCUUGAGAUCGUUCAGAUCAACAUCGGAGAACAAGAUAUAGUUACAAUUUUGGCAACGCUGAGCGAAAAUCUGAUGGCGCCCCCUAGGGUCGUGGCAGAAGCAAUGAUUGAAGAAACCUUAGCUACCACAGAGGCAGAAGUUCAUGAAAGUCUUCCAGCUAGCAGUGUCUCUCCACCGGCCAUUACCCCACCUCCCAAACCCAAGGACACCAAACCAAGGAAGACCAUGUUUAUUCAGUUUGUUAUGGAUGGAGCGGAGCUAGAGUUCUAUACCAAUGAACAAAGAUUGCAAAGGAGUGGAAAGGGUGUGUCUUCCCGUGACCCGAGGAAUGGCCUGUCACGCUUCAGGCUCCAUCAGGUCACUGGAUCAAUGUCAGCCUACAGUACUGGAGCCAUGAAUGUCACUGCUAGUAUACUCACAAUCACCCUGGAAGAUAUUCGACCUAACAGCCCUCUGGCUAUCCGACAGUUACUCCUGAAGAGCAGUAAGAAAGCCAGUCGACGUACAUCAGCACCUGGGAGCCCUCCAUCCCCUAAGGUUACCCCCAUGGUAGAGUUCACUUAUACUCAGGAUGAGAAUCAGCUACAAACCAUUGAUUUCAUCAUCGAAGGUGUCAGAGUUAACAUCUUUGUGCAUUACCUUUUGGCCAUCUAUAACUUCUUGAGUAGUGCAUUGACCCAGAGCAAACUGGAAUCACCACUCAGUCCCAGCGGUGGGCAGACAUCCAGGCAGUCAUCUCGGACACUUUCAGUGCAAGGAGGUCCGGUCGGUCAGAGCGUAAGCCAGUCAGAAGGCUUGAACCUCAGAGCUACGACCCCAGCAAGAACGACCUCUAGGUCACUACAGGUCAAAUGCCAGCUGAGGAGGCCAGAGAUUGUGUUGUUUGAUGACCCGACCAGUCAGAACAGCCAGUGUCUUGUCCUUAGGAGUGUGGGAAAGUUUGCCUAUAAGAGCAGUGAGAUUGGACAACAGGUAGUUGCCAAUUUGGAUAAAGUACAGAUAUUUUCCUGUGUAUAUUCCCAAGCAGUGCGGACAGCAUAUCAGGUGCUUGAACCGUGUGCAGUGACCUUUACCCAGGUCACGACCCCUGACCAGGGUGACCUGAUGACCGCUGACUUCACUGAUGUAUGCCUUCAUUUAUCACCUAGAGUGGUCUAUGUGGUAAGGGGCGUGUCUGAGGCCCUAGCAUCGGUCACACAGAAACCAGCCAGCAGUCGACAGCUUCUAGAGGAUUAUGAGCACGAGGAUCUAUGGGGUCCUAAACCCAUCUUCUCACAUAGCUUCCAUAAACGCAAAGGGAGUAUGAAGAACAUGGUUGACUUUGCCCCGCCUACUGAACCCACCACCACACCAAGGCAGAAGCUUACCGUCCAGCUUCCCAGGUUUGAAGCAUACAUGGAGCUUGAAGAAGCCCUGGACCAUGUGGCCCUGCUGAGGCUGAGCUGUGGGUUCCAUGCCUCAAUCAUUGACUGGUCAUUCAAUUUGAGAGCUGAGGCUGAGAUGCACAUGGGUAUGAUGUCCUACAAUGAAAAGCUUUCAGUGUGGGAACCCAUCGUUGAACCGGUUAUGGAAAAAGAGGGAGAUUAUAGAGCAUGGGAAGUCACUGCAAAGCUUACCCGGGCAGAGAGCCACCCUAUCAAGUGUUACAGCAUGUGUGAUCGUAGUCCUGAUGGUCCACAGGACAGUGUUGAUGGAGGCAUCCAGUUGGUCCACACCCCAGGCUCCUACCCUGUGACUGAGACAGACUCGGAUAGCGACACGACCAGUGAGACGGAACUGGAGUGGGAUGGGCAUUACAGUAGUAGCUUCCUCAGCAGUGACAUUGCAAGCCCGCAGGAUGAAGACAGGAACCCUCCGCAAGAGAGCAAGUCAGAGAACGAAGAUGAGGAUGAAGAGAACGAUGGAGGAUUCUUCAACAAGGUGGAGAAUAUCUUCAGGGAUAUCUUUUCAAGUGAUUCUGAGGAAGAGGAAGAAGCUGCAGGAGGAGGGAGAAGUGAAACUGAUGGUGGUAGGAGAAUGGAGUUGGCUUUGUCGGGUGGAGUUAAUACAGGACAGUGUGAUAGCGGGAUAUCAUCAUCAACAAGGAACUCAAACUCACUAGCAAGCUCGGAACCAAGAGAUGAAAUAGACAGUGAUACAGAGGUUACUGAUGUGGAGGUGAUGGCCAACUACAUCAUCCUGAACUCGCAGGACAAGCUUCAAGUCACGGUGACCCCGGUCUCGCUUGGAGUCGUCAAGGACCUCGCUGAAGCUUUCAGUACAGUUCCUGAACCUCAGUUACAGAUAAUGCGAAAUGUACAAGAAGCAUCCACUCAAAUUGUCAAUACAACAGGUCUGAAUGCAAGACUUCUAGUGCCUUCAUCUUUCAUUGAGAAUGCCGAUUCGGUUGGUAUCAGCUUGGUACCCAUCAACGGGGGACUCGUUGCGCCAAGCCGAGCCAACCACCAACCCCUCACCCCAGAGGAGACCCGCGGUGUUGACACCACCGAUGCAGCCACGCCCGACGAUCCCCUAGAAACAGAAGGGCUUGAUGACUUGGAGGACCUUGUUAGAACCUCAAAGUACUGCAAGGACAAGUCCCAUGUAUCCUGCAUCUCAGCUGACGAUACAGACAGCGGUGCUCAGGACGUCAAUCAAAACGGUGUCACACUAGAGGUUGAUGGAUUCCGUUCUCUGACUAAUCUAAUUCCUGCCGUAGCCGGCACUUCUCUCUAUCCUCUCUCUCCUUCUAACUCACAGUCUGAUAAGGUCUAUGGGAUUGUACGAGAAGUUCAUAUCAGCCACGGCAAAGAGAAAAUCAAGCUCCGUUCUCCCCUUCAGGUAGCCAACCACUGUCUAGUAGCAGUGCAGCUGUUCUACAAGAAGCUUGAUCUACAGACCCUCCAUGGGGCUAUCAUACCAGGGCUGGACGAAGAAGAAUUCACCAGUCUUGGCAUCAUCCAGCCUGAGGAGGUGAUGGACAUACCGGUCAUUGUCGCCUACCAUGCGGGCAUUUAUGCUUGUCCAGUUGACCAGGGGUAA